UCCUCUUUCUGAAACCCUUAAUAAACCCUCUUCUCCUCAAACCAAAGCCCCAAUCAAUCAUCUACAGAUUAUCGAUUGGGAAACUGAAAUUGGAGCAAUGGAAAACCUUCCGAUACGCCAAUUCGAAGAUAAAAUCGUGGAAACAGUGGACAAAAACCCUGUGGCUGUGAUUAUAGGAGAGACUGGUUCAGGGAAAAGUACUCAACUUUCUCAAAUCCUUCACAAACGAGGUUACACUAAAUCCGGAGCCAUCGCCGUCACUCAGCCCCGCCGCGUUGCCGCUGUCUCCGUUGCUCGUCGAGUGGCCCAGGAGCUUGGUGUUCAACUUGGAGAGGAAGUGGGCUAUGCUAUUCGUUUUGAAGAUAGAACUUCAGAGAAAACAUGCAUUAAAUACCUAACCGAUGGAGUCCUUCUUCGUGAAAGUCUUUCCGAUCCAGAGCUGAAUCAAUACUCAGUAAUAAUAUUGGAUGAAGCUCAUGAGAGGAGUCUGAAUACGGAUAUAUUGGUGGGAUUGAUGAAACGUUUGGUUAAAUUGCGAGCGUCCAAUUUAAAGGUUCUAAUCACUUCAGCUACUCUUGAUGGUGAAAAAGUAUCAAGAUUCUUCUCUAACUGCCCCAUCCUCAAUGUCCCAGGGAAGUUAUUUCCUGUGGAAAUACUGCAUAGCUCUGAACGGCCAAAAAAUUACAUUGAUGCUUCUCUAAAAGCAGCCGUCGAUAUACAUGUUAAGGAACCGGAAGGAGAUGUUCUUAUAUUUAUGACUGGACAGGAUGAUAUAGAGAAGCUGGUAAUGAAGUUGGAGGAGAGAAUUCAAAGCCUUGAGGAAGGCUCAUGCAUGGAUGCCAUAGUUCUUCCGCUGCAUGGAUCUUUGCCUCCUGAAUUGCAGGUUCGCGUAUUUAGUCGUCCACCUCCAAACUGUAGGCGAUUAAUAGUAGCCACAAAUAUUGCUGAAACUUCUUUGACGGUUGAUGGUGUUGUGUAUGUAAUUGAUUCUGGUUAUGUGAAGCAACGGCAGUACAAUCCAUCAACUGGAAUGUACUCUCUUGAUGUUGUUCAGAUUAGCAAGGUGCAAGCCAAUCAGCGCGCAGGACGAGCUGGAAGGACACGUGCAGGGAAAUGCUAUCGUUUGUACCCUUCAAUUGUUUAUCAUGAUGAUUUUUUGGACGCUACAAUCCCUGAAAUACAGAGAUCUUCUCUUGCUGGAAGUGUUCUUUAUUUGAAGUCAUUGGACCUUCCUGACAUAGAUAUCCUAAGUUUUGAUUUUCUUGAUCCUCCUUCCUCUGAGUCUUUGCAAGAUGCUCUCAAACAGCUAUAUCUGAUUGAUGCUAUUGAUGAAGAUGGUUCAAUUACAAGCCUUGGACGAACAAUGGCUGAGCUCCCUUUGGAACCAUCUCUUUCCAGGACCCUUUUGGAAGCCAAUGAGUGUGGCUGCUUAUCCCAAGCUUUGACUGUAGCCGCCAUGCUAUCUGCUGAAACAACAUUAAUUUCUGGUCGAAGCAAGAUCUCUGAAAAGAAGAGAAAGCAUAUUCCUUCGAACCUUCCUGAUGGUUCUGGAUGGGGAGAUCACAUCCAGUUGCUUCAGAUAUACGAGCAGUGGCAUCGGACUGACUACAAUGUGGACUGGUGUAAAGAUAACAAUUUGCAGGUGCGGGGAAUGAUGUUUGUCAAGGAUGUUAGGAAACAGUUAUCUCAGAUAAUGCAGAAAAGUGCGAAAGAGUCAUUGGACGUAAGAACAAGGAAAGGAAGGAGAGAAAGCCAACAGGAUUAUAAGAAUUUGAGAAAAGCUUUAUGCGCGGGCUAUGCCAAUCAGCUUGCUGAGAGAAUGAUUCGUCAUAAUGGUUAUCGAACUAUUGGUUUUAAGUCUCAACUAGUUCAGGUGCACCCAUCCUCUGUAUUGAGGACAGAUGAGGAGGGCAUGCUCCCGAAUUAUGUAGUGUAUCACGAACUUAUUGCCACUACACGUCCCUUUAUGCGCAAUGUUUGUGCAGUUGAAAUGCCGUGGGUCAUGCCCAUCACAAGGAAGCUUGAGAAGCUAAACGUCGAAAAACUCAGUGGUGGAUUCUCUGAGCCUGAAAAGAGCGUUCAUGUGGAGAACUCAGACUUGAGGAAGGAAAAUAGUAGUCUUCCUAAGCUUCCAGAUGACCAUGAUAGCAAGAUACAAGCAGCUCGUGAGCGUUUUCUUGCACGUAAAGGCAUUAAAUAGUCCAAAUAACUUGGACGAACUCAAGUCUUACUUCUGCCGAGGAAUAUGUUGGUGCUACCUAGCUUCUUGAUCAUCAUGAUUUCUCAGAUUCAGGUUUCCAUGGAACUUUCUCCCUUGUAAAGCUGAGAAUAAGACAGCACCCGGGGACGCCUUACUGGACGGGUAGCCCCAAUGGAAAAUCAGUCAAUUUACAAUUGUUGAUAGGGCUUGCCUAUGUAGAAAUAAGAGCUCACAGAAUUUUCUGUGGUUACACUGGCAAUCUCUGUAAAUCGGUAUUCAUAAUAUGUGGAUGAAGUACGGAAAAAAAGAUUUGUUUCAACUUUAGUGUAAUGAUCAUUGAGGAUAUAAUGGUAACAGAAUAUGGUCUCAACUCGUGGGAACUUCUUCUUUGAUUUGAUAUAUUCAGCUGUACAUUGUAUUCGUUCUUGAGGAUUAUGAUAUCUAUGAAAUUCCAAUUUACUGAAA